AUGGACUCGCUCGAGGACCCGUCCAGCGCCGGCGUGGUGGCGGGGGCGGUCAUCGGCUCCCUUCUCGCGCUCCUAUUGGUCGUGGCCCUGGUCGCCGUGCUCCUCAGCCGCAGCCGUCGGCAACAGACCCGCGGCUAUCCCAGCAGCGGGGACUCCUCCAUCGCCACCGGCAGCGGCAGCCAAGGCAACGGAAGCGGCAACUACGGCAACAAGGCCCGCCUCCUCUUCGGCCAAUCGGGAAACGGUAGCAAGAACGGGACGGGGAACAACAACGGCCCCAUGUACACGUAUCGGGAAGGCUGCGAUGCUACAGGAACGCUAACGGACAACCACCACCACGUCCAUCACCACAUGUCGGCGAAUCCGGCUGAUAUUUUGCUCAACGACGAAAUGGAGAAAGCGGAGAGGAGGAAGUUUGCGUUGGACGACUGUAUCCACGACGAUGCGGAACCUUUUGGAAAAUUUGGAGUCGGGAACGCCAUGCAACCGGUCUAUCCCCUUGAGGAGGAGAUGGACGUUUACCUGGAUGACGAUAUGGAGUCGCAGAGAGAUGGAUCGGUAAUUUCGCGGACUGCUAUUUACGUGUGA